AUGGAUCCUCGCGCCGCUGCGCAUUGGAAUGUCCGCGAUUUCUUCUUCCACCAGGUCUUUCAAUGCCGUGGAUACGUGGAUACCCUGCUUCGCCAGCAGGGCCACCCCCCUGCAAUUGACGUCCUGAUUCAUCCUCCUACUCCUCGCCGCACUUCACCCGGAUUGACCUCGAUUCCUACGCUCGAUUCCUACGCUCGGCCAAACGCCGCUCGGUCUAUGCGCCGCGGGUACUACUUGCUCUGUGCUACGCCGUCGCGCUGA